GGGGCGGAGCUUGGUUGAGCUACUUGAGAGGGGUGGGCGUUCUAGGCGGGAGCCGCCUUUGCUUAGUGUUUUGGGCUGGUCGCUGUCCCCAGAUCGUUCUGGUGUCACUGAUAACUGCUUAGUGCCAGUGUCGGGGUCCUGUGUUCACGGACCUUGUAUCGUCAAGGGUUUUGUUCGCUUCCUGCACGGCUCCAGCCUCGGCGUCCCCUCAGCAGCCGGCGUCGCCCCUGGCGCCGCCGCCUGAGUGGCAGGCCGCCGCGGACCGCGGAGCCCAUGAAGGCGCGGGCCCCGCCGCCGCACUUGCGGCGUUGCAGGUGUCUUGGAGCUACCCAAACCUGCCCGGGCAUGACGGCGGCAUGAGCACGGACGGGGAGUCUUCGGAGGAGCCGGGGUGGAAGGCGGUGGCCUCACCCAAGGCGUCAGCCAUGCCUGAGAAGCGCGGGAGCUCUCAGGCCGCGAGCGGCAGCUGGCUACAAGGCUUUGGCCAACCAAGUGUUUUCCAUGCUGCUAUUGUCAUCUUCUUUGAAUUCUUUGCAUGGGGCCUGUUGACAACUCCAAUGUUGACUGUUUUACAUGAAACAUUUCCUCAACACACAUUCCUCAUGAAUGGUCUCAUUCAAGGUGUAAAGGGCCUGCUCUCUUUUCUGAGUGCUCCCCUCAUAGGAGCUCUCUCAGAUGUGUUGGGCAGGAAACCCUUUCUCCUUGGCACAGUCUUCUUUACCUGCUUCCCUAUCCCAUUGAUGAGGAUCAGCCCUUGGUGGUAUUUUGGCAUGAUUUCUGUAUCUGGAGUCUUCUCAGUCACUUUCUCUGUAAUAUUUGCCUAUGUAGCUGACUUCACUCAAGAGCACGAAAGAAGUACUGCUUAUGGAUGGGUCUCAGCCACCUUUGCAGCUAGUCUGGUUAGCAGCCCAGCCAUUGGAACAUACCUCUCUGCAAAUUAUGGAGACAGCCUUGUUGUGCUGGUAGCCACAGUGGUGGCUCUCCUAGACAUCUGCUUCAUUUUGGUGGCAGUUCCAGAAUCUCUACCAGACAAAAUUAGACCUGCUUCCUGGGGAGCUCAGAUUUCUUGGAAACAAGCAGAUCCUUUUGCGUCAUUAAAGAAAGUUGGAAAAGAUUCUACAGUUUUACUCAUCUGCAUCACAGUGUUUCUCUCAUACCUUCCUGAAGCUGGACAGUAUUCGAGCUUUUUUCUCUAUCUCAGGCAGGUCAUAGGUUUUGGAUCUGUGAAAAUUGUAGCAUUCAUAGCUAUGGUAGGAAUUCUGUCCAUUGUGGCUCAGACAGUUUUCCUUAGCAAAUUGAUGAGCUCACUAGGGAAUAAGAAUACUGUCCUCCUUGGCUUGGGUUUCCAGAUGCUCCAACUUGCCUGGUAUGGUUUUGGAUCUCAGGCCUGGAUGAUGUGGGCAGCAGGAACUGUGGCUGCCAUGUCCAGCAUUACAUUCCCAGCAGUCAGUGCCCUCAUCUCUCGGAAUGCAGAGUCAGAUCAACAAGGGGUUGCCCAGGGGAUCAUAACAGGAAUACGAGGGCUAUGCAAUGGCCUAGGACCAGCACUGUAUGGCUUCAUAUUCUACAUGUUCCAUGUUGAACUGAACGAGUUGGGCCCAGAAUUGAAUUCUAAUGAUGAUCCCCUACAGGGAGCUUUCAUCCCAGGCCCGCCAUUUUUGUUUGGAGCCUGUAUAGUUCUUAUGUCUUUUCUGGUUGCCUUAUUCAUCCCCGAAUACCGUAAAACCAGUGGAGUUCAAAAACAUAACAGCAGCAUCAGUGGCAGCCCAAGCAUCCUGCCUGAACGGGACAGUGAUGAGGACAUUGAGCCAUUACUGCAAGACAGCAGCAUCUGGGAGCUCUCCUUUGAAGAGCCUGGAAAUCAGUGCACUGAACUAUAACCCAGCAGUAAGGGAGGUUCUGCAGACACCAUCUCUGAGAGCCAUGGAGGAAGCUACACCACCUGGAGACUUCAUGGUGCUGGCGGGGCAAUGCUAGCAGCAUCCUUUGGGCCAAGUUUCCUAAGUUACUCUUCUCAUGCCUGUGCCCUUCACUCUCCUGCCUCUUCCUGUUUCUUUACUCCCAUUCUUUUCCUUCCUGUUUAUAUAUUCUAAGAAAGAUUGAAAAUGCUUCACUGAAAAUAAUAUGAAACUCUCAAGGUUAUCUGGAAUUUAGAUUUUAAAACUUUUAAUAGAAAAAUCAUGUCUGAUAGGAAAGGUUGUCUUUCCUUCAGUAACUAGAAUAAGAGUGAAAGCAAUUUUUCUGUGCCCUUUUUGGUAAAAGGUAUGGGACGAUAGUGUUAACUGCCUUCUUUCAUUCUUUUUCUGUGAAUUAUUCCUCUUAGUCCAUAGGUGUUGAUGAGUGGCCAUUCUUAAGGGUCACUUGGUAUCAGGGAUCUACUUUGUCCAAAGGUUAGAUGAAAACCUAUUUUUGCUUUCUCUUUAUUUUCUUUACUUCUUAAGCUUCUUGAAAUGAACCUUAGUAGUGUUGGUCAAUGAUCACCUUCAUUAGAUAAAGGAAAUCUUUCUUAGAAAAUUCAAAUCAUGUUGAACAAACAGCUCAGAUUCUUGGUAUAUAAAGUAAUUUUACAGAAGAAGAAGAAAAAAAAAAUCAAGCCUGUAGCCCAGCUGCUUACAGAUUUUAGAAGGAGGAUUGCAAGUUUGAGGCUAGCUUUGGCAACAUACUAAAAUCCUACUCAAAGCAAAGCAGCCAACCAUGAAGCAUUCUAGUGGCAGCAAAGAAAUCAGAGUAUACUUCAAGAAAACUUUUUGCUGUUGUUUUGUUUUGUUUUAACAAUUUGAACAUUCCUAAAAGGGGUUGAGAGUAACAGAUAGCAGUGGAUGCCCCUUCCCAUGUCUCCUAUGUCCUACUUCUGUUUUCCUUGCUAUACUCCUGCCUUAACUGUUAAUAUAGAAUGUGUUCGUUUUCAGCUAAUCUGUAUCUCAGUUUGUUUUUCUGAAUUUAGAAUCUCAUGGGAAUGCGCUCAUCAAAUUCCUUUCAAAAAUAUAAGGAUUAGUGAAGCUCAGUUUCAUGAUAAGUAUCUUGCUAAUUUUUGAGGUGUUUUAUGGACAAAGAAAACUUUACAGAUUUUAUAUUUUGCUGCACAGUAAAUGGACCAUUAACUAGGGUCUAUCUUUAACAAAGCACUCCUUUGAAAGUUUUAUAGGUAUGAAAACAUGUAGAUAUUUGUAAGGAUUUUAAUUUUUUGAUGGGGGUGCUGUGUAAAUCUUGUAUUUAUAUAAAUAAUGAAGGUGUUGACAGAAAAAUAUAUACAACUUUUAUAAAGGAUUGUGUACUGACUGAAUACAUUUAAAGGAAAAUAUAUUUUGAUGCCUGUUCUGCCAUGAACAGAUAUAACAUAUCUUUUUACUAUGCUGUUGGUUUUUAGGUUAAGCUUCCUAAUGCAUAAUAAAUUUUCAAUGGAUACUUA